CUUUCUUUCUGUCACAUUUAUUUUGGUUCUAUAUGUUAUAUUGAAUGGUUUUCACGUGGGUUUUAUAAUAGAUACUGCUUAAUUAUAAUGGUUACCAAUUUUAUAAAUUAAACAAAAGAGAAAAAUGCAUCGACUUGCUUCAGCUAGAAAUAUUUGCCAAAGUAGUUUUCAUGGAAUUUCAAUACCAGCCAAUAACUCGCUCCAAAGCACAUCGUUUUCUGAAAAUAAAUGUUUAUUUUGUCGGAAAAAUCUUCUUGGAUUUUACAUUACAGAAAACUACAUUAAUUUUAGACAUCAAUCCACACGCACUGUUAGUGCAUUGAAAUCCCUGAGAAAAAAGGCUAAACAUAAAAAUUACAAAAAAUAUGGAGAACUAUUGGAAGUUGGUGACAAAGAAAUGACAGAAACUCAAGUAUCUAUUAGUAAAUUGCAUGCAUCACAUGUUUCAAAACUAGCUACUAGUCCUGUAUCAUUAGGUCAACUUCAUCAGCUAACAAACAAAACAAAAUCAGAUAAGAAAUCACCAAGUAUAAAACAAGUUGAUCCAGAAUUACUUCAAAGUGUAAGAGAGAAAAUAUUGAAACAGUCUUCCGUACCUGAAUCAGAGAAGAUAGUGCUGGAAGAUGACAAAUGCGCCUUAGUGUAUACAAAUAAUCAAAUUCCUGGAAUGGAAGACAAGUUUAAAACAAAAAAUUAUAUAAAUAUGGUGAAAGAAAGUUACUAUAAUUUUAGAAAGGCUACAUUGUAUGAUCAAAAGUUGCAAGACCUCAGAUAUGCCAUUAAUGAAGGUUUGAACCAACAGUUUGAUUUUAAUGUAUCUACAAAAGAAAUUACUGAAAUGGAGAAAAGUUCAGAAUCACAGUCUCUACCAAAGAGCCCUCAUGCAGUUUUUAGAGAGUUGUUUAUAGAAAAUCAACUGGAUAGUUAUGAUCAAGAACUUAUGACACACAUAUCUAACAUGCAAGCACAGGGAAUAGCUUAUCCUGUCAUUGAUGACUUCUGCGAUGAUCCUGCAUUGCACAGUGAAAUAACUGAAGAACAUGAAGAUUUUGAUUUUGAGCAUAUAGAACCAGCUGAAAAUAUGGUUAAAAGUUUGAAGGUCCAGAAAGCCAAACAAGAGUUAAAACGUAAAAAGAAGGAAGUCCGUGAGCGGCGCCGCGCUCAGCAGGAGCUGAGCAUGAAGCAAGACCGGCGCUCGCUGCAGCGCCGCGGCCGCCAGCUCGCGCUGCACCGCACGCUCGCCGCGCAUCUCGACGUGCUGUGCUCACUGCGCAUGGUGCACGAGGGCCGACAGGUUCUCCAGUAUUAUAGACAACGGAGUUCCAGGGUCCCAGAUCACCCCAAAGUUAAUGACGUGAAAAUUUAUAAUACUCUCCUACAUGGAUAUGCGUCAAUGGGUGAAUUAGAAAAUGUAAAGGAGUUACUCUCGUUCAUGUCGGAGGACGGGAUAGAACCGAAUGCGCAGACCUUCGCCGCGGUGUUCGAAUGCGUUCACAGAAGUAGUAUCGAGGACAAAAAUGUAGUAUUGAAAUAUUACUGCGAGCAGAUGGAUAGCAAGGGGAUCACAUUAAACGAUUUAGUAGACAAAACCAAUUUUCUUUAUGAUCAACGGGAAGUUGUUUUAGAAGCCAUAAAAAGAAUACAACCCGACUUUAAACCCCAGUACACACCCCCUGUUCUUGACUACGAUUGUCCAUUGAUGGAGGGCUUAAAAUUAACUGAAACAAAAGCCAGAGAAGGGCUGAAUAAAUCUCCUGCUGAGGGCGUCGUGUCUUUGGAGGAAUUGAUACAAAUGGGCAAAAAGCAAUUGCAAAUAGAAAUAAAAGGAGAGAUUGAAGUGAAAAAUAUCGAUGUCAAAGAUGAAUCAUCACCAACUGUGAAAUUCUGUAGAGAAAAACUAAAAGAAACUGAGGAUCGGUGGCGUCAGGUGAUCAAAGAAGCGUUUAUCAGAAAUUUAGGAACCCUCAAAUCACAAAGUGUGGCAUCUCAUACUGCUAUUACUUUAUAUCCUUAUUUGAAGGUUUUGGAGGUGGACCAGUUUGUAGAUUUAAUAAUGAGUGAAAUGAGUAAGUUAGUGGAUGGCAGUGAAACGUACAGUCCUACACUUAAGUUAUUACAAAGGGAUUUAGGCACGCAAGUAUAUUACAAGUAUCAAAUAGAGCAAUACAGAAAGAACGGUACAAUGGCGAAAAUCGAGGAGAUCUACGAGAAGUACUGCGAGUGGUAUUUGAACCGGUCACCAGUAGACGAGAGCGGGCGCGCGUACAACUGCCGCCAGGCUUGGCAAGCAUUGCAACAUCGCUACCGUACUGGCGCUAGCCUGGAUAUAGAAGAGACACAGUGGCCAAUGGAAACGAGACAAAAUAUUGGGAAGUUCCUGUAUAACAUUAUUAUUAAUGACGUGAAGAUCGAUGUCAAUAUGUUUAAGCCGAAAGCUAAAGAGAAGCUGCUGCCGGCGGUGUACAAGGUGCACCGGCCGUGGGGGCGGCUGGUGCGGCUGGAGCUGAAGCCGCACCCGGUGCUGGCGCGCGUGUGGGCGGGCAGCGCGCGCGCCGGCCUGCGCGUGCGCGCCGCGCUCGCGCCCGCCGCCGCGCCGCCCGCGCCCUGGCUGUCGCGCGCCUCCCGCGCCUACCUGCUCACGCCCACGCCGCUCGUACGGAUGCCACUACAUGUCCAGAGCCAGUGGAAACGAAUGGAGGAAGCGCCCCCGGAGACACUUUACCCAGCGCUGGACAGCCUCAAUCAACUCGGCGAAGUGCCGUGGGCCAUCAACAAGCGGAUACUUGACUUGCAGCUCGAAGUGUUCAGAUCGGGUGGCAAUAAGAAGUUAGAUAUCCCUCCUCCGGCGUCGUCGCUAGACCCGGAAAAGUUCCAGCUACCGGGCGAACAAGAGGGCGCCGGCACUAAGUUAGCCGCGAAUGCUUUCAAGCGUCGUAUCGCUAUAAACCGCGCGCGGGCCGAAAUGCACUCUCUCUGGUGUGACGCGUUAUACAAGUUAUCACUCGCCAACCACUUUAGGGACAGCCGGUUCUGGCUGGCGCACAACAUGGACUUCCGCGGGCGCGUGUACGCGUGCCCGCCGCACGUGUCGGCGCUGGGCGCGGACGCGGCGCGCGCGCUGCUGGUGUUCGCGCGCGCGCGCCCGCUCGGCGCCCGCGGCCUGCGCUGGCUGCGCCUGCACGCGCUCAACCUCACCGGCCGCAUGAAGCGCGCCACGCUGCGCGAGAGAUUGGAAUAUGCAGAGCGUAUAACGGACAAAAUCCUGGACUCGGCGGACCAUCCGCUAGAUGGCGAGGGCUGGUGGAUGGACUCCGAGGAACCGUGGCAAACACUGGCCUGUUGUAUCGAAAUCGCCAACGCUCUUAGAUCGUCCAACCCAGAAGAGUACCUGUGCGCGUUCCCGGUGCACCAGGACGGCUCGUGCAACGGGCUGCAGCACUACGCGGCGCUGGGCGGCGACGCGGCCGGCGCCGCCGCCGUCAACCUGGCGCCCGCGCCGCGCCCGCAGGACGUCUACAGCGCCGUCGCCGCGCUCGUAGAGGAGGCACGUAUACGUGAUGCGGCGGCUGGGUUAAAAACCGCGCAGGUGUUAGAGGGGUUCGUGCAACGGAAGGUGAUCAAACAAACCGUUAUGACCACCGUAUACGGCGUCACUCGCUUUGGCGCUAGGCUGCAGAUCGCCAAGCAGCUCAAAGAUAUAGACGAAUUCCCUAAGGAGCAUGUAUGGGCGUGUUCCCAGUAUUUGACCACAAAAACCUUCGACAGCCUCCGAGAGAUGUUCACUUCGACAAAGCUCAUUCAGGACUGGUUUACCGAUUGCGCCAAGGUCAUCUCGGGCGUAUGCGGCGAGAGCGUGGAGUGGGUGACGCCGCUGGGGCUGCCCGUGGUGCAGCCCUACUACCGCCGCGCGCCGCCCGCCGCCGCCGCUACCGGCGCCACGCCGCGGGCCCCGCUCGACCUUCACAUGCGACCAUGCACAAUGAAGCAGCGGAACGCGUUCCCGCCCAACUUCAUCCACUCGCUGGACUCAUCGCACAUGAUGCUGACGGGGCUGCACUGCCAGGCGCGCGGCCUCACCUUCGUCUCCGUACACGACUGCUUCUGGACGCACCCAGACACCGUCGACACCAUGAAUGAGAUUUGCCGCGAGCAGUUCGUCGCACUACAUUCGCAGCCGAUAUUGAACGAUUUAUCGGAAUACCUAGUCAAGCGGUACAGUUACGAUUACAGGGAGCUUGAUGUGUCGACCCCUGGCGGAGCGAACAAGAAACGUGUCAAUAACCUACUGAAGAAAGUUCCCAGCAAAGGUGAUUUUGAUCUCAACAGCGUACUCAAAUCAGUUUACUUCUUCAGUUAGAUUAUUGUUUAAUAAUUAAUGAACAAUAAUUUGCGAUUAUACACAGAUAAUUAUAUCUGAUAAUUAAUCACAGAUAUUACAUUCAUAACAUGCUCUUUUUUAUACUGUGUAUAGAUUGGUAAUAGCGUUUUGUAGGAUGAUUGUGUGUCUGAAUUAUUAUAUAUUAUAUUAAUUAUUUAUAUUAUCUGCAAUAAUUAUAUUGUAAUUUUUAAAGACUUGUCUCUUUUUUGGCGGAUAAACUAUGGUCAAGGAAAUGUAGACAUAAUUUCUUAAUAAUUUCAUAGUCUAUGGUAAAUUCCUUAUUUGAUUUAUAUCGGUUACGAUAUGACCAGUGUUAUUUAGUGAUAUCUCUAUAGUCACAUAAUAAAAAAAAUUAAGAUUAGGGCAGGAAGAGAAUAAUAAAUAUUCUAAUUUCUCAGUUAUAUUAAAUCCAAUAUUGGGUUGUUAAUUAAACGAAUUUUAUAUGUCGUUAUAAAGUAGUGCGAAAUUUUUUUAUUGUUUGUUAUAGCUAUGCAUAAUAUGUUAUAUAAUUUACAAAUUAUUAAAUCUUGACUGAGGAGCUGAGUCCUGGCGACUGAAUCAUUGUAAUGUUCAUUUAUCAGUUCUAAAAAUAUUUUUUUCUUAAAAAGUACCUCUUGUAGUAGGAAAUGCUUUAUUAUCAUUUGUAAGGACACACAAUCUGUACUUGAUAGACUGAUAAUAAUGUUAGGAUUCGAUGUAAUAACUAUUGAUGUAAUGUAACUGCCUUAACACUGCUAAUCGUAUUGUUUUAUCUGAUUAUUUCAUUCCUUCCUCUUUAGUGUCGUAGUAAUGGCUUUGGGUUCUCUGAAUAUAUUUAUAUUAUUAUUUAUAAACUGCCAUGAUGUAACUGACCAUUUAUGAACACAAAUGAAUGUUGGAUGCCAAUUAUUUCUGCUGUAAGUAAUUAGCAGUAUUUAAAACUAGUUAAACUCAUUUCUACAAUAUAUAACCAUAUUCUUGUUUUACGGAUGACGUAAAACUAGUGGAAGGCGGGGAGGUGUUGCAUAUUAAAAAAAAGGACGUUAUUUAUAUACGUUCGACGUAUUUGUUUUUUUAUGUACAUCGAUUCUUUACAAAUUUUUGAGAUAAUUUGCGUGAUUCUUUUUUAAUUAAAAGUGUUUAAUUUCAUGCCUAUAUUAUUUAAGCUAUAUUAAUUCUUAGAAUUACAGUUACAAUGUACAUAUCAUGGGUAAAUUAUUAGUUUUAAAUACCAUUAAUUAUCUUAGUUUCAUUUUAAGUUUGUGAGUGAAGGUAUCUCCUAUGUUGCUUAUGUGGUGACAUUUGAUGCCAUGAAAUGCAAAAUAUUCACAAAAUACAACUUAGUGUAGAGUAUGCAGUGAAAAUCCUAAUCUUGGGCAAAUUUAUUUAUUCAUUCUUACAAUCCAGUUACUAAUUACGAAUUAUAUUCCAAUAAACUAAAACAUUUAUUGGCAAGUUUGACUCCAUUUUUUUGUUUAUAAAAAGAUUUAAUACAAUGAGUUUUUGAAGUGAAACUAGGGCUGAGGUACAAUUUUUUUAAGAUUAAUUACAGAUGUAUAUAAAACAUAUAAAUAAAUAGCUACGAAAAUAGCUACGAAUAUAAGUCUACCAAGCUAUAUAGAUACGCACGAAUAUUAUUGUAUCGUUCUGAAAGAAGUUUCACUUCUAUUUUAUAAUGGUUUAAGUAUUUAUAAUUUUAACUGCCAACUGGCGGUACAACUGUAUGUAUGUUUGAACUAGUCAUGCCACAAAAAAGAAAAAAGUAUAUAGUUUGACCUCUAUUAUUUUGUUUUUAAUACAGCACAAUGACUGUCGUCCAAAUACAAUUUUAAAAUAUCCGUUUGGGUAUAGCCUUACGAAACGAAAUAUUGUAAAAUAUCUGCUAAGCUAUCUGCCAUCGUAAGAUGUACAACUAUAAUGGGUUGUGCCUACUUACAGUUAACAUGAAAUAAAUAAAGUACAUUUUGAGUAUUGUGUAUACAUGGAUUUUUUUGUUUUCGGAUAAAAAUGUAUCUCUCAAAAGUUUAUCGUUGUACCAUUAGAUUUUUACGAAAGCUGUAAAACUAAACCAAAAAUUUGUAACAUAUAUUACUGGCCUGGAGCGGCGCCACCAUAUGUAUAGUAUGAUGAAACAACCAGUCUGUGAUUUGUUAGUUAUCUAACAAUAAAUUAAGUUGAAUUAUA